CCGACGACAGCCCAGCGCGGGGCGGGGUUAGGUGGAGGGGGCCUGAGUCGGAUUCGGCGCAGGCGCAUUCCGCGCGGGUUCUCUCGCACGCGUAAGGGGUGCGAGCGCCGGCGGCCAUGGACGACGAGGAGGAGACGUACCGGCUCUGGAAAAUCCGCAAGACCAUCAUGCAGCUGUGCCACGACCGUGGCUACCUGGUGACCCAGGACGAGCUUGACCAGACCCUGGAGGAGUUCAAAGCCCAAUUUGGGGACAAGCCGAGUGAGGGGCGGCCGCGGCGCACGGACCUCACCGUGCUGGUGGCCCACAACGAUGACCCCACCGACCAGAUGUUUGUGUUCUUUCCAGAGGAGCCCAAGGUGGGCAUCAAGACCAUCAAGGUGUACUGCCAGCGCAUGCAGGAGGAGAACAUCACGCGGGCCCUCAUCGUGGUGCAGCAGGGCAUGACACCCUCCGCCAAGCAGUCCCUGGUCGACAUGGCCCCCAAGUACAUCCUGGAGCAGUUUCUGCAGCAGGAGCUGCUCAUCAACAUCACGGAGCACGAGCUAGUCCCUGAGCACGUCGUCAUGACCAAGGAGGAGGUGACAGAGCUGCUGGCCCGAUAUAAGCUCCGAGAGAACCAGCUGCCCAGGAUCCAGGCGGGGGACCCUGUGGCGCGCUACUUUGGGAUAAAGCGUGGGCAGGUGGUGAAGAUCAUCCGGCCCAGUGAGACGGCGGGCAGGUACAUCACCUACCGGCUGGUGCAGUAGCUGCCACCUGACAGCCCCUAGAGGCGGACACACAGGCAGUGACCCCCAUCCCUGCAGGACGAACGCCCCUGCCCUGCCAGAAUCCGGCCCCCCAGCUCUCCUGGCUGCUGCUCCUCUGGACUCCCCAAGGCAGGUGGCCUCCACCCAAGUUCUCCUGUCCUGGGGUGAGGCUUCCUGUGGCCCAGCUCGCCCCAUUCACCUGUGGAUUUGUGCGAGAUGCAGCCUCAGAAGGGACAAGGCCCCCAGAGUGGGGGCAGCUGGUGCCGGGUCCUCACCCAGACCACGCUGGGUCCCCUGUGUUGGCGGUUUGGGGUCUGGGUCUCCCACCAGCCACUGCUUCCUUCUGGGCUGUCAGCCUUCCACCCCUCGUCUUCCCUCCCUCGGGGGCCCUGAUGCGUGGUGGUCCCCGCCCAGCCUUGGCUCCUUACUCACAGCCGUGCACGCGCUCAAGCCACCAGGGUGCAGGAUUCCAGCCCUGGACUUCAGUUGUUGUAGGAGGUUGGGUGUUUUCAAACGUUAAAGAUGUUUUGAGCAAAUAAAUUUGCUUGAUAGAGAAACCAGGCUGACUAA